AUGGAUACCUCGCGUGAGAGCCCAGUAUUGGACCGUCGAAAAAGUGAAGCCAACCUCAAUGAUCAGGACAAAGAGCAGAAACCAAAUGCGGAGUUGUUCGAUUCUUCACCUGUGCCGGAUGUGAUAACGAAUCUCCAGGAUAUCUCCCUGGACGAUGUUCGUAAUUCUGUAGAGCGCGAGGCUGAAGAAUACGAGGAAAUGGAUUCUAUUGCGUUGGACAACUCUCAAACGACCGAUCAGGACUACAACAGCAGCUCGCUGCCUUUGGAGGUCGAUAAAAAUCUUUAUUCUUCGUCACAUUCUGCUCCUGGUCAAAUCAGAGAAUUCGGCAAUGGAAAAGAUGACGAUAUGAAAGCAACAAGCGCACUGAAGCGACACUCAGCUGAUUCUGACACGCUGAGAUCGUUCAAUGCUCUGUCGGCUCCGCAGUCCCAUAUGCAAACAAGUAUUUCGUCACUUAACUCUGUGGAGAAUGCGUCUAUGGAAGAAAUCUCGGUGCCUGAUGCACCUCGCCUUGAUCCGCUCCCUGAAAAUGAUGUGCUACGGGUCCAGGUGGUACUCCCUUCCCGACUGAUGGAUAUUCUCGGGGAUGCAGCAGGUGCUCUUGGAGAUGAAAUCGAAAUGGAUCUUACUCAAUCGCCGACGCCGUCACCUUCAGUGCCCACAAGUCGUCGCGGUAGCAUCGCGGCGUUUCAGCGACGUGAUUCAAGAGCAGCAACUCCUGUCAGCGCGGAAGCGGUGGCAUCAUUACCGCGGAUCAUGUCAAAAACAACGAUUAUUCACAGUAGUGACGAGUCACCUCAGGAAACAUUUGAGCGUCUAAUCCGCGGUAUCAAAGAUGGAUCUAUGGAGAAGAGUGAGAUAGAAGAUCAACUUUUCAACACUCUGGUCGGAGGUCAAUUCGAUCUCGAGACAAGAUACAUUAUUGAAGACAGUAGCAAUAUUGAAAGAAUGCUGACGCUGUUAACACAUGCGGAUGAAACUUUGCAGGCGGAAAUCUGGAGUGUUUUCCUAGCAAUUGUUCGUAAGAGCAAGCGAAAUUUGGAAGCGUGCUCAAGGAUCUCACUAAUUUCCAAGAUAUUGGAUAUCUUACCGGAAACGGAUGGAAUGCUCUCCGAUCUGCUUGUCCAACUUCUUGGAGUCCUCACCAACUAUUCCAUAACUGUAAAGGAGACAAAGCAAUUUCUGCGUUCCUUGCAAGCAGUCAAUCGUGCAUGGCCUAGAAAUUCUCUGAAACUAUUACAAGUGAUGAAACAAAUGCCAGUGCGGGACGAUGCAAACGUUUUCUUUUCAUUUCCAGGGAAAUCGCAAGCGGGUAUCAUCGUUCCUCCUUUCGCCAAAUUUCCUUGCCAGUCUGGUUGGACAUUUAGUACAUGGUUAAGAAUGGAUCCAAUGUGCAGUGUUCUUUUCGAAAAAGAAAAACCAUAUCUUUAUUGUUUUCGAAGUAGUAAAAUGAUUGGUUAUUCAUGUCAUUUUAUGGGGAACGCAUUAGUCGUUACCGCGGAAAAAUCGAAAGGAAAAGUGGUGACUAGAUGUACAAAGAAGGAGUUAACUCCUCGGAAGUGGCAUCACAUCGCGAUCUCCCAUUCUUACUCUCGAUGGGGUCGUAGCGAAAUUAGGUUCUACUUUGAUGGUGAAUUGUCAGAGACGGCCGAAAUCAACUGGGCUGUAUCGACGACGGAGCAAUUUGAUCGCUGUGCAAUUGGUGUGUCGCCCGAGGGCGAUCCCGACACUGCCUUCUGUGGUCAGAUGGGUGCAGUCUACCUUUUCGCUGACUCUUUAUCGCUUGAGCAAGCCAACUCAUUGUUUUGCCUUGGACCUGCAUAUCAGUCUUAUUUCGUUCACGACUCUGGAAGUAAUCUCCCGGAAGGAUAUAAAAAACACCUUUUUGACGGGCGCCUGAGCAAUGCCCUUGUUAUGGCCUACUGCCCAAAGAAUUGUCACGGUCAGUUGUGCCUGAAUUCACCAGCGAAGGUUCCGUCGGCAUACUUUGUACAAGUCCCACAUGCCGUAAUGAAAGAAGGCGUUGAAGUUAUAACCACUCACUCAAUUCACAGCUCUCUGCAAUCAGUAGGAGGUAUACAAAUCCUUCUUCCACUGUUUUCUCAGCUCGAUCUUCCUUGUGAGGAUGGCAACGCUAUGGACGGAGAUAUUUCUACGUUGUUGUCUCUUAUUGCAUUAUUGCUGGCAAGCUCGCAGACCAUCCAACAACAACUAUACCAUAGCAAAGGGUUCCUCAUUAUUGGGCAUGCAUUGCAAAAGUCCUCCAAUAGACAUAUCACGAUGAAGGUAGCGGAACAAGUGAUAGACAUGGCCAAAUUCUUGCUGCGGUGCUCUUCCGGUGGACCUCUUAUUAAACAGCUUUUCGAGCACAUUAUGUUCAAUCCGAAGUUGUGGAUUAACAGUGAACCUAGUGUACAGGUGCACUUAUACAACUAUUUGGCAACGGAUUUUCUUGGAAACACCAAUUUCCAUCACAUAAUUCGUCAAGUGGCCACAUUUGGAGAGAUGUGCCAUGCACUAAAGUUCUAUUACUGGGUAACAUUGCCUAAAACGCCGUCAGCUUAUCAGGUCGAAGAAAGGCCUGAAUCGUUUCCUAGUGAAGCAGUGAUCGCGAUUAGGGGCUCAAUUCUGGUUUUCCUCAACCGACUGAUCCUGUUAAAUCCGACUAACAGUUCGAGCCAGGAUGCGAUCCGAGAACAGGAGAUCCAUCAACUCAUGAAUUUUGUGGCCACAGUCCAUGAGGAUGAUAACCUAUAUGAUGUGCUGGCUUUACUGAACCGCUUGCUAGGAUUUUAUCCACAUAUAAUGGUUCCUAUGUUCGACAAGGAUAAGGCUGUUGGACUCGUAUUCAAAUUGCUUUCGUCUCCAAAUCAGCUGAUUCGAAUACCAGCACUUAAGAUGUUUGGCUUCUACCUACAACGAUCUACGCUCAAGAGGAAGACGGAGUCGGUGACAGCUCGUCAUUUGUAUACGUUAAUUACUGAACGAUUACUGAUUCAUGCUGACUAUCUCACAAUUCCGACCUACAUUGUUUUAUUCGAAAUUUUGACUGAGCAAAUGACUCCGGACUUCGCAUACUCUAAGAGGGAAGCAGCGAGCGCUGACUGGAGAUUUGAGAACCCAAUGAUGCUCAAGGUGAUUGCCAACUUGAUCACUCAAUCUGCAGAAUCGAAUGAGCUUAUGCGCGUCAAAAAGUCUUUCUUGCUUGACAUUAUCAACAUGUGUCGUGAUUGCAAAGACAAUAGGAGGACUAUUCUGCAAAUGUCUGUUUGGCAGGAAUGGUUAAUAUCAAUCUCAUAUGUCUUUCCAAAGUCAGAAGAGGAGUUAGAAAUCACAGAGCUAGUUUAUGAAAUGUUCGCCAUUCUUCUUCAUCACGCUAUUCGUUAUGAAUAUGGUGGAUGGCGUGUUUGGGUUGAUACUCUGGCGAUAGCUCAUUCGAAGGUGAGCUUGGAACGAUUCCGUCGACAACAACAGAAGGACGUGACAGCAAGCCCGCCUUCUACGACUAUUACAAAGGAGAAUAUUGUGGAACGUGAAAGCGGAGAUGAAGGCGCGCAGUACGUUCUUGCUUCUUCUUUCUAUUUCGCAACU